UCAGUAUCCAAGCACUCGGUACGGAGAUUCUCUCUUUGGGUCUUCCUAAAGGGAAGAAAUGGAGUCGAAGGCGGUGAAGCUCAGAGCAAUAGAGGCAACUCCGGAAAGCUUUGAAGAUUAUGGUCAGGUGAUCGAGGCGUCGCCGGACGGUGAGGAAUUCGGUCCUCAAGAUGCCCAAUUAGACCUUAGCAGAGGAAUCCCCAGGUUUUACAUCAUGAGCAUUCAAGAUCAGCCGCUUAAGUUCUCUUCCAUCACGCAUCAUGCAAGUGUGACCCAGUGCCUUGGAUCUAUUGGUGGUCAUGAUUGGUAUCUUGGAGUCGCUAGGCCGUCCAUCAUGGAUCCUAAGGAAGUUCAAAAUGGCCCUUGUGGGGAGAUUGUGCAGUCAAAAUCUGGCCAUUUCUAUGUGCCUCCUGCCGUUGAUGAUGUGCGUGUUUUUAGGAUUUCUGGUCCCAAGUUCAUUAAGCUUAAUCUUGGGACAUGGCAUGCAGGGCCUUUGUUUAAGGCAGAAACAAUGGACUUCUACAAUUUAGAAUUGAGUAAUACCAAUGUGGUGGAUCACACAACACAUCAUUUCAUCAAAGCAAAUGAAGUUUUCUUUUCUAUCGAUGACUAGUAGCGGAAAGUGUCUUCCUCAUUAAUGUCCAAAUGAGUUAAAAGGUCCCUGCUUUGAUCCUCCUAGCUCCCUGUCUCUACACUUGGCAAACUCCACUGAAUUCCUAAGGAUUGAUUUUUCUAGACGGGGAACCAAAUAUAUGAUGGUUCUGUUUUACUUGUAUUCUUCAGAUGCUUAUUAACUGUCAAGAUACACUAUGAAAUAUGAAUGCAUCAAAACAUAUGUACGUAGAUAUUUUUUUUGAAGUAAUAUAUUUAUUAAAAAUCUCUA